AUGAAAUUAAAAGAGGAAGAGGGAGAUGAAGACAAAUCCCAGUAUGAAUGUAAGAUGUCGAAUAUUGAUUGUAAUUCUAAAGGCUAUUUGUUUCAAGGCAUGAUUGUGUUGAGAGGAACUAAACCUCCUGAGAUUCGAAAAAGAGCAAUCAUUUUUGAAGAAUUAAUAAAGGAAAAGUUAGAGUCGUGGUAG